UGUGUGUGUGUGUGUGUGUGCGCAGAAGCUAAAGGGAUCAAGUCACAGCACACUCAGUCAUAUUCACUCAUUCGCUCUGAGUCUCACUGUCUCUCAUAUCUCUCUCCCACACACACUUUAAAACUCCUGCACACACGCAGAGACACACACACACACACACUCGACUCAGCUGAGAUUAAGGACAAAUAAGUCAAUAUUUGACCAGACCGGACUGUACUGGAAGGAAGAAACAAAAGACAGAAAAGAAAAGCUGCAAGUCUAUCCGACUUUUCUUUUUGUAGCUUUGAACUUAAACGAGGAUUUGGAGAAGACGUUUUUUUCCUUUCUACAGGUGGAUACAAACUUUUCCCAACUCUUGGGUCAAACUAAGCAAGCAAAAGAUUUUCUUAUUUAUUGUUGGACUUUUGGACUCGGUCUGGGCGAGAGCGCAGUAAGAGGAGGGAGAUGGGGAGAUGGACGCUAUAUCUCUCAGUGGGGCUCGGGCUUCUAGCCGUCCUGUUGACCUGUUGUUAUGCUGAAGUGAACUACUGCUUCGCUUCCAAGGCCGGGACCUGUUCAGAAUGCCUGCAGUCUGGGAUACACUGUGCGUACUGCUCUGAUGAGAAUUUUAAUGGCCCUCGCUGUGACCUGCACCAGAAUAUAAUUGCCCAUGGCUGCGCAGCUGUCAUCAUAGAACAAAGCAAUAUGAAGAUAGAAAGACAACAACAAAUCGAUACGACGCUUAAGCGGUUUCAAGUGUCUCCACAGCAGAUUAGCAUGAGCUUUCUGCCAGGAGAGAAGAAGUCGGUGGAAGUGGAAGUGUUUGCUCCAGAAAAAGGUCCUUUGGACCUUUAUAUACUUAUGGACUUCUCCAACUCCAUGGCUGACGAUUUGGAAAACUUGAAGAGCAUGGGAUCUAUGCUGGCUAAGUUGGUUAAGACACUGUCAGAUGACUACACCAUUGGGUUUGGAAAGUUUGUGGAUAAAGUGAUCGAGCCCCAGACGGACAUGAGGCCCGAAAAACUUAAACAGCCGUGGACCAACAGCGACCCUCCGUUCUCUUUCCAAAACGUCAUCCCGCUGACCAACAACUUGACUUCCUUCAGCAGUAAGCUCCAGCUGGAGAGAAUAUCUGGCAACCUGGAUGCUCCUGAAGGAGGUUUUGAUGCCAUAUUGCAGGCUACAGUUUGUGGGGAUAUCGGCUGGCGCAACCACAGCACGCAUCUCCUGGUGUUCUCCACCGAGUCAGCCUUCCACUACGAGCAUGACGGCGCUAACGUGCUGUCAGGCAUCCUAAAGCGCAACGAUGAGCGUUGCCACCUAGACGCAGCAGGCAAAUACACAGAGGAUAUAACCCAGGACUACCCUUCAAUACCCACACUGGUCCGUCUGAUGGGCAAACACAACAUCAUUCCCAUCUUUGCUGUCACCGACCACUCCUACACGUACUACGAGAAACUCCGAGAGUACUUCCCCAUCGCUGAAGUCGGUCUGCUGCAAAGGGACUCAGCCAAUAUCGUGGGACUCAUGGGGACUGCCUUCACUAAUAUCAAUACUAAUACGAGAAUCCGUGCAGAGGAAAAACCCAAGGCUUUCAAGACAGAGUUCUCUACCACCAAUGGAAUUACACAAGACGGGGUCUUUGAUUUCAAGCCUGGAAAAAUAGGCAAGUUCCACAUGGACCUCACAGCCCAGCGAAUGAUCGACGGGAAGCCUGUGUGUCAGAUGGAUCCGGAUGAAAAAGAGGGCACAAUGAGAGUCAAACCUACAACCUUCAACGCUGCCGUCAACAUCAAGGCCUCGGUUCUGUGUCCAACCUGCAAGUGUGAGAAGAAUCCCCAACCUAAAGCACCCAGGUGCAGUGGCAACGGAGACCUGGUGUGUGGGAAGUGUCAGUGCUAUGAUGACUGGUUGGGUAACUUCUGUAACUGCUCAGAAAGUGAUUCAGCUAAGGACAGCAGACAGUGUUUUGGUGAAGGCAUGAAGGAAGCUUGUUCAGGCCGCGGAGACUGCCUGGCGUGUGGAAUCUGCGUGUGCUACGAACCGGAAAAGUUUGAAGGAAACCACUGCCAGUACGACAAGACCCAGUGUCAAAGAUAUGGAGGCUUCCUCUGCAACGACCGUGGCUCUUGUGUUAUGGGUGGAUGUGUGUGUGCUGAGGGCUGGGAGGGCAAUGCCUGUGAGUGUCCCAAGAGCACCCAGACCUGUCUGGACAGCAAGGGCGGUGUCUGCAACGGGCAAGGUAAAUGUGUAUGCGGCCAAUGCGAGUGUUCGGACUCUGGAAUCGGAAAGACUUCAACCUGUGAGCCAAAUUUCCAGGCCCAGGCGGGAGUGUGCGAGGGAACGAAGAGUUGCGUUCAGUGUCAGGCCUGGAAGACAGGAGAGAAGAAAGACAAAAAGGAGUGUGACAAGUGCCCCUUCAAAAUUGUCUUGGUGGAUGAAUUCGAAGAAUCGGACAAGGUGCUUGGUUCAUGCGAUUUCCGUGACGAGGAUGACGACUGUACGUACUACUACAGGGUUGAGAAACCGAAAAAUUCCUCAGUUUCAGACUAUGAGGUCCAGGUGCUUGAAAAGAAAGAAUGUCCCCCUGCCAGCCUCCUGUGGUUGCUCCCGCUCCUCUUGUUCCUCUUGCUACUGCUGGCACUCCUGCUGCUCUGCUGCUGGAAAUACUGCAGCUGUUGCAAAACCUGCUGCCAGAGCUAUCUUGCCCUGCUGCCCUGCUGUAGGAAAGGUCGCAUGGUUGGCUUCAAGGAAGAUGAAUAUACACUACGCCAGUCUCUGCUCGCCUCAGACCAUCUGGACACACCAAUGGUGAGGACCGGUCCGCCCAAAGGAACCGACGUGGUCCGCUGGAAGGUCACCGAUAACGUACACCGACCACCCAAUCACCCCGCGGCUCUGAUAAAGCCCAACCCUAAAGAGAUCAUCCAGUACCCAAUCUCCCUCCGGCUAAACAGGUUGUUCUCUGAGAACCUGUCUCGCCCCGAAUCCAGAGACGCCGAACAGCUCCGUAAGGAAGUGGCCGAUAACCUAAAUGAGGUGUAUAAGCAGAUUCCCGGCGCCCAGAAGGUGCAAAAAACCUCAUUCAGAAUGCAGAAAAAUGCCGGAAAAAGGCAGGACUACACCAUCAUGGACACCGUCCUAACUGCUCCCCGCAGCAGCUACCCUGAUAUCGUCAAACUCACUGAGAAAAACGUCCAGUCUGGAAACGUGCAAGAUCUCAAAGUGGUGCCUGGCUACUACACCGUGGCCACAGACAGAGAGGCUGCCGGAGCCAUAGAGUUCCAUGAAGGUGUGGAGUCAGUAGAUGUUCAUGUGCCGCUCUUCACCAAGGAGGAAGAUGAUGACAAGAAGCAGCUGCUAGUGGAGGCCAUGGACGUGCCACUGGGCAUCGCUGAGAUUGGGAAACGUUUGGUCAACAUCACCAUCUACAAAGAGCAUGCCACCAGUGUCUUCUCGUUCCUCCAGCCGGCCUACACCUACAGUAGGGAGGACGGAAUGGCCAACAUCCCUAUCAGCAGAGAGAUCAUAGAAAAUGGACGUACACAGGUCACCUACCGCACACGGGACCUCACAGCCAAGGAUAAGAAGGACUACAUGACUGUGGAAGGAGACCUGAGCUAUGGUCCUGAUGAGACCCAGAAAUCGGUGCCUGUCCGUCUGCUGGAGCUGAGUGAGAAAGAUGGCCUCCUGGAAGACAAACCGGUCAGGCAGUUUGUCAUGGAUCUCAGUAACCCACGGCAGGGCGCCAAGCUGGGACGCUACCCGAGAACUACUGUCACCAUCGCAGACCCAGAGAACAGUGUGAUGAUGUUCAAAAAGGGCACCCAGAACUUCAGCACAUCCGACCCAACCUACACCAUCCCUGUGGUCCGCACUCGCAACCCGGACAGCCAUGCCACAGUGAAAUGGCGCACCAAGAAGGCCCAGCGCUUUGAGUUAACCGGCCCUUUGAAGUUCAGUCCUGGAGAGACGGAGAAGAACAUAGUGAUCGACCCGAAAGCCCACCCUGGCCCAGUCCAGCCAGAGACCUUCCACCUGGAGCUGUUUGACCCAAGUACCAACGCUUCUGUCGGAGAGAGGAAGACCACCCUUGUCAAUGUCACUGACGGAGCUCCCAGAUCUCCAGAGUUUGCCCCCAUGCAGCAGAAGGGCUUCAUAAACCAGAGAGCCACCUCCCCCGGCGGUCACCUUCUCUCCCCAGCAAACCUCAAGGCCAAAGCAACUGGGCCCAAAACCAUCCGGGUCAACUGGGACCCACCACCUGGUAAACCCACGGGGUACAAGGUAAAGUAUUGGAUCUACGGCAACCCAGAGAAAGACGCCCAGGUCUUAGAUGUGAAGACUCCUCAAGCCGAGUUGAGCAACCUGUACCCCUUUUGUGACUAUGAGAUGCGAGUAUGUGGCUACAAUGCAAUGGGAGAUGGCUACGAUACAGACAUGGUUGCCUGUCAAACACUGGAGGAUGCGCCUGGUGAACCUGGUCGUCUUGCCUUUAACGUCAUCAGUCGAACUGUCACUCAGGUCAGCUGGGCAGAGCCUGCAGAGACCAAUGGCAACAUCAAGGCUUAUGAGGUCAUCUACACACCCAUCGAUGAGGAAAUGAAGCCAGUGGGUCCCGCUAAGAAAGUAAAGAUCGACAACCCCAAGAAGCGAAUGCUGUUGAUCGAGAACCUCCAGAACGCCCAGACCUACCAGUACAAGGUCCGUGCCAUGAACAGCAUAGGCUGGGGCCCCUUCAAAGAUGCCACCAUUAACCUGGCAUCGCAGCCUACCAGACCUCUGUCCAUUCCCAUCAUUCCAGAUAUCCCUAUUGUGGAUGCAGAGGCAGGAGACGAGUAUGACGGCUACCUGAUGUACAGCAACGAGGUGCUGAAGUCCCCCACGGGCUCCAAGACACCCAGCGUCUCUGGUGAUGAUUACAUGACGAAUGGGAAAUGGGAGCAGAAUUUCCUUUUCCCAGGGGGAUCCGGGACACGCAACUUGUCUACAUCGUCCUCUCCUAUGUCCACUCUGAGCUCAAACUACAGAGGGGCAGGCAGCUCCUCCUUCAUGACAGACACCACCACCACCACCUACAUGUCGGGACAAGGAGGCUCUCGUAGACUUGACAUGAUCGGAGGAGGAGGAGUAGGAGUAGGAGGAGUAGGAGUAGGAGGAGGAGGAGGAGGAGGAGUAUACUCAUCAGAAGUGAUCAUGAGGAAGCGCUCAGAGAGCAGGGGUUACUCAGAUGAAAACAUCCGAGACUCUAUCGUCAUGGGAGACGUGCCCAAGUUCCCAGAUCUAGGUGGGUACGGCUACGCUGGGAUGCAGAGCAGCUCUCAGAGCCAGUUCAGCUACAACCUGUCUCAAGGUCCGAGGGCCAGGACCGAGUCUUCAGACGUCAAUGAAGCCCUAUAUAAUCUGGACAGGGUGCUCCAGGAUGCUCGACUUUCCCCGGGUGUACCAGACACCCCCAGCAGACUGGUGUUUUCUGCUCUGGGUCCCACUGCCCUCAAAGUCAGCUGGCAGGAGCCCCACUGUGAGAAAGACAUCCAGGGCUACUGUGUUAUCUACCAGCAGCUCAAUGGCGGUGAGAUGAAGCGUAUUAAUGUGACGAACCCAGCAGAGAACUCUGUCAUCAUCCAGGACCUGCUGCCCAACCAAUCCUACCUAUUUAAGGUGAUGGCUCAGAGCCAGGAGGGCUGGGGUCCAGAGAGAGAGGGAGUCAUCACCAUCGAGUCCGCUACAGACCCCAACAGUCCCCUCAGCCCCAUGCCAGGCUCGCCGUUUACUCUGAGCACCCCCAGUGCCCCGGGCCCCCUGGUCUUCACCGCUCUGAGCCCCGAUUCCCUGCAGCUCAGCUGGGAGAAACCUCGUAAACCAAACGGAGACAUCCUGGGCUACGUAGUCACCUGUGAACAGCUGCAUGGUGGAGGAGACGUGCGUUCCUUCCAGGUGAACGGGGACAGUGCUGAGACCAGUCUGACCGUUCCAAACCUGACUGAGAACGUCCCCUACAAGUUUAAAGUUCAGGCUCGAACCACACAGGGCUUCGGUCCGGAGAGGGAGGGCAUCAUCACCAUCGAGUCUCAGGAUGGAAGCGCUAUGUCUCAGUACACCAGCCAAUCAUCUCAGUACGGUAACAACCAAUCAAUGACGAGGAGGGAAGUUUUCCAAAUGCCAACGGAUGUGAGCACGCUGACCAACGUCUCCCACACCAUGAUCAACGACCCCUACUACUCAGACGGGAUGAUGAUGACCACUCAGCACACAGAGACCAGCGGCAUGGUGACCCGUCAAGUCACCAAGGAAGUGGUUCAGAGGAGCGUCACGGGAGGAACCACCAUCACAAAGAAGAUGUUUUACGAAUCUUAAGGGUCUUAUUUAACUAAUGAACCAGCCAAAGGUCCAACAACAUGAUGAGGAAUCAUAUCUGAGAUUCUCUUUUAAAAAGAGUCAGCUUCAGACUGCUCGCACACGAUCAGUGUUUGGUUCUACAUGCGUGUGUGGGUGUGAGAUUCUGCGACCAACAACAAGAUUUCAUGUGAUAAAUAGAUGGAGAGGAGGCCGUUCUCUGUUACAACCCGUGGCCACUUUCCUCCACAGAUGAGGAUCAUUUCAACAUUUACAUCCAUUUUCACUGCUGCUUCUGAUGCAUUUCAUCUCAGUGUCUUUCCACUGAAAGGGAUACUCAAUUUGCUUUGCCCGGGGUCCACUUUUGCAAAAUGACAGGAGGCCAGGAGCCAGUUGAUAAACACACAUGAAUAAUGUUCAUCAGAUAAAAUGAUUGAACAUGAAAAGGCCCAUAAAUCAUCUUUCUUUGAAAUUCUUUAUUUUCAAAUUAACUGACGUAUUAAAGCUAGGGUUGGUAAUGUUCUUCAAAAGCACUUUUUGUUAUAUUUGUUGAAAUUUUCAUUACAUCCCGACAGCAAUCAGGUCAAAUGCUCUGACCAAAAAAAAAGAAAUCCGGUAUCUGUCAGUAUCCGUCCAAUCAUUUCAUUCGGCCCGAAUGUAAUGAUUGGAUGGGCUACCUGUCUGUCUGUCUGCGGGCACUCUGUCCGUGCACUCAUUCUGCGUCACCGGAGUCUUCCAAAAGCUGCUAGCUUGACAGCUGUGACUAACAAUAGUCAUGUAUGUUGUUUACGUUCAUAAUGAUCAUUUUGGGGGAGUGGCUUUGGAGGGAGGCUUGAAGGGACGGACUGUCAGUCCUGCCGACUUGGCAACUUUCUCUCUAGAUUUAGGGACUUUUGUUAGCAGCUAGUGCUGCUAGCUACUUUCAUUGGGAAAGAGUUGGCAACCCUGGGCUGGGUUUUCGGUUGGAUCAUUUUUUUAAAUCUAGCGUACUCUUGCUCUCAACAUUACCAACCCUAGCUUUAAUUAAAUUAACUUGGAUUGACACUAGGCCCCAUAUGACAGAUAAAUAAGAUAUUUCACUGCAUUUAAUAGCUGCAACUGCAUUUCAGUUGUAAAUGCUUUAGCUACAUUUGAAAGAUAUAUUAUGUUAUACAACAUUAAACAUAGCUGGAGGGGCGUUUCUAGGAUUUGCGGACAUUCAGGGCUCAGCCUGGACCUCAGUCAGGGGGUCUGGGAUCCUCCCCUCCCCAUAAACAAGCUCUAUUAUGCACUCUGGCACCUUAUUUACAUUAAAAGUACAAAUAAAAAUGCCAACUGUGAAUCAAUUUAUUCUCAUUGUGAAUUAUAAAAUGGUUGGCGAGCCACCUGGUACACUAUCGCGGGCCAGAGUUGGCCCACUGGCUGUAAGUUGAGUAUCACUGACUUAGACUCCAGUCCCUCUGUUGGUCCAGAUCUGAUAACACACACCAGGGCUUUAAAUCAGGGCCAGCACGGGCCAGUAAUCUGACUGCAGUUCAGUAAUCCAAAGUGACCUUGUCCCCUCAUCUCCUGUCCUCCACCUGUCUAUAAGGCUGUUUUGACUGUUUCAGGUUAAACCCACCAAGUUUCAAUAGAAAUUGCUGCGGAUGUUUCAUAAGUUUCAUCAUUUUCACCCGAGUGGUCUUUUUAUCCCGAGUGAUCAACAGUAUAAAAGUGGUAUAUUUGGGACAUCUGUUCAUAGAUUUGUAUUAUAUUAAAGUGUGAUGACGUUUUUUUUUCCAAGCAUAUUUAAUACUUUUUAAGAUUUUUUACUUCCGCAGACUGACAUUAAAUAAUGCCAAAUAUAGAGGUAUUUCCGCAAACACACGUCGGUGCUUGUAUUGCUCAUUUAUAUGCAUUUCCUUACUGACGAGCAUGAUUUUACAACACAGGCAAAUGAUCAAAAAUAUAUUUGUUUUAACAUGUUUUUGCAUUUCUUAAUGUUUUUAUACUCAACAAUGUGGUAUACACUGCUUCAAGUUGAUACUUUUCAUAUGCUUCUUUUCACUGCAAGGACAUUGUAUUUAGCAUUGUGUAACAUUUGAGCAAUGAGAUCUUGAUAUUUUAGAGAAGCGGUACGUAAAGACAGAAAGAUUGUAUUAAAGUCCUACUGUAUUCUGGCUCCGCGUUUUGUUGAAAAUGCUUUUGUAAAACAAAGAGAGGAUAUUUUUGUCAUAAAAACCCAAGGUGGAUAAGUGGAUGAACCUAUCACCAAAAACACUGAUGUACGUUUGAUCAACAUGUAUCACUUACCUUUAAACUGUUUUUUUUUGCAUUGUUUCUUUUUUUUUGGUAUGUCAGUUCUAUUGCACAAUAAAGAUUUGAAAUAAAAACA